UUUGUUCCUGGCGUUAAACUUUGACAUGUUUAACACUUUUGUUUUACAUGUCGCCUCUGGAGACAGCUGACACAUCGCGGCUGACGCAGCCGCCUUCGUUUCCGGUCUCCACCAUGAGAUAGGUAUAAAGCUGCCCUUCGUUGCACUGCAAUCUGCUCUAUCACAACCAUCCUCUCCUUUGAAGGUUCUCUACCAUCUCUUCUACUUUCGCUAUUGAGGUUGAUCCUCGUGCAUUCCUUUCGUCUUCAAUCGUCUGUUGAUCAGAACUACCCUCUCUUCAUUACAUCACAUUCCUCCAAAAUCAGUCCUUAUUCAACCAAAACAACACUUCAAUCAUUCAAAAUGAUGUUCACCAAGCUCUCUCUUGCUGCCACCUUCGCUGUCGCGGCCUCCGCGCUUCCCCAGCCGUUGCAGUCGAGCACCACCAGCUCCGCAACCGCCACCUCGAGCAGCAGCAGCGCUAGCGCCAGCUCCUCGUCUUCCUCCAGCGGCGGCGGCAGUGUCUCCAUCGUCAACAACAUGAACAGCACCGUCUACCUCUGGUCCACCGCCACCACCACCGGCUCCAGCAGCAUGCAGUCCCUGUCCUCCGGCGGCGGCAGCUACUCUGAGGACUGGCAGAAAACCUCCGACGGCGGCAUCUCGAUCAAGCUGUCCACUACCACGGACGAGAGUAGCGUCCUGCAGUUCGAGUACACCAGCGACGGCGACACUCUCUACUGGGACCUGUCCUCCAUUAACCUGGACAAGGACUCCGCCUUCGUCACCGCGGGCUUCUCCGCUAGCCCCUCGGACUCGAGCUGCACCUCCGUCACCUGCUCCGCCGGCGACUCGGAUUGCUCCGCCUCGUACCAGCAGCCCGAUGAUACCGAUACCAACAGCUGCUCGACCUCGUCCGGCAUCACUCUCACCUUGGGCUAAGCCCGGAAAACCAUUCUUGGGCGAAGGCUCCCGCCCGAAUUGAGCAUCCUAGCGAUGCUGUCCGGCGGGAUCGCGUUUUCGAUGAAGUAGAAGGCCCGCGGGGCAGGCCAUGAUGCACUUUAUGAACUAUACUUGCGAUACGAACUGUUUAUAGACCUCUAGAUGAUAGACUAGAAUAGAGAAUCCUUGUUUGCUUUA